AUGAGUGAUGAAUACAUGUCGGAAAGUGAAGCUGAGGACUUUUCAGUUAGCGAAGAUGAAUGGUUACCGGGUAAAAAGAAAGGCCAAUCGAAACAAAAUGGAUCGGAGGAUAGUGAUGUUUCAAAUGAUUCCGAAUCCCUUUCCGAGGAAGAAAGCAAUAAUCGAAGAGGCAAACACCGAAUGAUCCCGAAGAACGUUGAUCCAAAAAAAAUUAUAAAAAAGACACUGAAAACAACCCAGAGAACGAGUAAAAAUAACGCAGUAUUCAAAGGCGAGCCGUUGAAACGACCGCGUGUAGAUUCUGAGAGUAGCGGCGAUGAAUACCUUGUCGAUCCGAACAAUCUAGACCUCGGUUCGAAAUUUUUCGAUGCCGUUGCUUCUAACCCAUCCAUAAGCAGUUCGCUGAGAAAAGAUGCUCCAUUAUUUGAUUGUAAUGCUGGAUUGGGACAACUUUCCGAUAGCUCCGACGACGAGAACAAAACCAUAGAAGCAGGCGACAUCACUGUGAAACAGAACAUUGCAAAAAGUAACGAUGGAAAAAGGUUGGUUACAAAGCUUAACGAAAUGUCGCAGGCGUACGUAAAUUUUCAGGACUAUACAAAAACACUCGAGAAAGCCAAGGAUCAGCUGAAUAGCAUCACAAAAAAACCACAACCCCCUGACAAUGGGGAAACGCUAGAUGUUUCGCAUCUUUUAGCUUUGGGUGAGACGGUCUCUAGUGCAGACAAAAAGCAUGCGAAUGUUUCCUCCAAACUGUCUGCUAAACAGUCCCGAAAAGGUGCGGUAAAACCAGUUGACUCCGAUUCUGAUUGGGAAGAAGUAGAGGAGACCGCUAGGUCCGGCCCUUCUGGUGGCCAAUCAGUGCAGAUAACGUUGAAACCGGAAUUGACGGCACAGAAGAAGAAAAAGAAAUGUACUGAAUUUGACGUCGAAGCGUGUAUAAAGCGCAUGAUCAACAGGGAGAAGCGGGACGCACAGUUAGUUCUGCAUCAGAUGACGAUCAUCAUGGGUAUAGCGCAUGGUAACUACACGAAUGGGGUACUAAACCAUCCUUCCUUGCUUAAAAUUGCAAAUGGUCUCAUACCGUCCAACCGAUGCUAUCCCAAGGGGAGAACUAAUCUACAAUAUUUUGAACAGAUCAUGAAAUAUUUCCGCGAAAUUGUAGACCUCAAGGAUAGGCGUAUGUUCGUGCACAGUUGGAAGCGGUUAUCGUUGGAAAUGGUUCUUGGGCUACAAUUUCUUUCUCAGAUGGCAAACUGCAAGCGGGAUUACAUUUUACUCUUCAUCGUGCUGCUUCGUUCUAUCGGCAUCCCGUGUCGCAUGGUAAUGUCUCUGCAAGUGGUUCCAAAGGAGGUGCCGAAUUCAGAGCUACUGAAAGUGGUACCUUCCACUGGAAAAAUGAAGGUAGGCGAGGAUAAGAAGGAGAACGUUAAACAAGACCAUGAUUAUGGUGUGGGCGAAUCGAAAACUACCUCAUCAAACAGAAAGCGAAAAAGUACCCACACCGCAAUUCCACAGCUAGAUGGAGCGGACGACGAUACAAAGGGGAAAAAACGGCUCAAACAGGAAAAACCAACUACUGUUUUCGCGGUGGAAGGAACAAUCACACAAAAGAAAAGGACUCACAGAGAGAAUAGUGGUGAUUUAAAAUCUCAACCUAUUAUUAGUAUUUCUCCUAGAAAGACACGCAAUCAGCGGUUAAACGAUCAAGCACAGUCCAAUGCUAAAUGCAAAAAAGAGGUAUUUAACUGCAAAAACGAGGAUAAAGCACGAGUGAAAGCUAAUAAAUCUUCAAAUAAUUGCUCAGAAUCGCCGAGCACGUCAAAAAUGAUUCGGAAAGACUACGGUGACAAGAAAAAAAUGGCUAUUGCAAGCACCAAAACGAAGUCAUCGUCGACCAAAGAUGAUCAAAAUAGUCUCAAUAUCAGCAGCAGCGCUUCUUCGAGUAAAAAAAUCGUGAAAAUAGAGAGAUUCGGUCCUAAAACAAGAAACGUUCUGGAUCGUCGCGUUUUGUCGACAGAUGAUGAAGGCCAAUCCAAGAAGGGUGCUUCCUCAGAUAGUGCCAAACCUAAACCGGACAAAAAGGUUAACCUUUGGAUCGAAGUAUUCUCCGAGGAAGAAGAACAAUGGCUGCCAUUAGAUGUAACGCGCGGAAUGAUGGGAUGUGUUGAACAAAUCGUUCAACAGGCGUCCAGCCCGAUGUUAUACGUGCUGGCGUGGAAUAAUGACGGGUCAAUAAAGGAUGUUUCUGCUCGCUACAUUGCGGAAUACUUAACUGUAACCCAGAAACUUCGUAUCAUGCAACAGUGGAUGGACAACACAUUGCUUCAGUUCCGCGGGGACCGCACUGCGAGGGAUAUUGCUGAGGAUCGCGAGUUGAACCGGAUCCUUGAAGAACGACCAUUACCGAGAACGAUCUCAGAGUACAAAAACCAUCCAUACUUUGCACUAAAAAGACACCUGCUAAAAUUCGAAGCCAUUUAUCCACCCGACGCACCGACGCUGGGGUUCACACCCGGUAAAGAACCGGUAUACGCUCGAGAAUGUGUGCAUACGUUGCACGCGCGAGAAGUGUGGCUAAAGCAAGCUCGGACCGUCAAGUUGUACGAAACGGCGUAUAAAAUUGUUUCUGGACGUCCAAAGUACGAUAGAGCUUCCGGUCAAAUGUUACCCUCACAACCGCUGGAGUUAUUUGGUCAUUGGCAAACGGAAGAGUACGAUCCACCGACAGCGGAAGGAGGAAUCGUACCUCGUAACGCAUACGGCAACGUUGAGCUUUUUAAACCAUGCAUGUUACCCAAGAAAACGGUUCAUUUACGAUUGCCAGCGCUUAACAGGAUCUGUAAAAAAUUGCACAUUGACUGUGCCCAUGCUGUCACCGGGUUUGACUUUCACGGGGGCAGCAGCCACCCGGUGUACGACGGGUUUGUGGUUUGCGAAGAGUUCCGCGACGUGGUCGUCGAUGCAUGGCACGAGGAGCAGGCGGCAGAGGCGCAAAGGGCGCGUGAAAAGUACGAAAAACGUGUGUACGGCAACUGGAAGCGGCUGAUCAAGGGACUUUUGAUACGUCGCAAGCUUCAACACAAGUACAACUUCGAUAAUCUCACCCAGUAGCAGUAACACCGUAAAUCGCGAGGUCCCUGUAUUCGCUCAUUUUGAUUGUUCGGUUCGGUUGAUCAAUAUAUUUGAGGCUCUUUUUUUCUAAAAUAAAAGCUC